CUGUAGCGGAAGUGACGUAAAAAUCCACAUCCGCAGAGUGUAGCCUUUACGGACAAACUAACAAAUUCAGCCAAUAAAAGAGAAAAAAAUAAUAAAUAAGGCUACCUGGAAACUGCAAAGCUUCUCCCGUUCGUGACGUCGUGAUUAAUGUCUCUCUUUAUCAUUAACAGGUACCUCGGCGACAAUGAGCGUCCAGCCUCCAAAUCUCAGUCUGAGGCUUUGCUGCAGAAGCUGCAGCAGAAAGCAGAAUGGAAGCAGAGACAGACUCUGAAGGAGCGAGAAGAACACCAACGUGAAGACCAGACGGAGCAGAAGAAGCCUAAAAAGAGGAAAUCUAAGGAUGUUGGGUUUAACGAAGAUGAUUCUGAAAACCAUAAUGAGGCUGUAGAACUGAGGAGGAAGGAAGGUGGAGAAAAACGGACGAAGAGAGAUGUUUCAGAGGAUCCCAUCAAAGAUGCUGCAGACUCAGAGGACAAGCCGGCAGAGCCAGAAGAGUCCUCUCCCGCCCACACUGGGUUCACCGUCCUGGGAGACUUUGAGCACAAACCUUCUUCAAAGGUUCACCGAGUGCUGCCGCAGUGGCUUGCCCAACCUGAUGCUAUCUGCCGGGACAUCAAAAACAACUUACUUCCUGUUUGUGUUGAAUCACCACUCUGUCCUCAACUCCAGAAAAAGCUGCAGGAUAACGGAGUUCAUCACUUCUUUCCAGUGCAGGCAGAGGUGAUCCCGGCUAUCCUGGACGCCGCGCAGCACGGAUCCCUGCUGGGAAGAGGCGGCUUCAGGCCCAGAGACAUCUGUGUGUCUGCGCCAACAGGCAGCGGCAAAACGCUGGCGUUUGUCCUACCUGUCAUACAGGUUCUGAUGACCCGGAUGGUGUGUGAAGUCCGGGCUUUAGCCGUGUUGCCGACCAAAGAACUCGCCCAGCAGGUCUACAAAGUGUUCGGGACGUACGCUGAGGGAACCCCUCUGAGAGUGUUGAUGCUGGCCGGACAGAAGUCCUUCGCCGCAGAGCAGGCGUCUCUCUCAGAGAUCAGAGGCGGCGUGCGGCGCAGCACGGCAGACAUCAUCGUGGCCACUCCGGGUCGGCUGGUCGAUCACAUCAACAAAAACUCAGGCUUGUGUCUGCAGCAGCUCAGGUUCCUUAUCAUUGACGAGGCGGACAGGAUGAUCGACAGUAUGCACCAGUCCUGGCUCAGUCUGGUGACGAGGGCCGUCUACGGACCAGAAACCACCAAGCUCCUGGGGAGGACGGAACCAGCAUGUAUCACAGCAGCGAGUCUUUCUCCACCUCAGAUGCCGCUGCAGAAGCUGCUGUUCUCCGCCACGCUCACUCAGAACCCAGAGAAGCUGCAGCAGCUGGGACUCCAUCAGCCGCGACUCUUCAGCUCCGCCCACAGCAAUGACCCUCCGGCAGACGCCACCGCCCUCAAACCGGAGCGCUUCGACUUCCCUCAGGGGCUCACGGAGUACUAUGUGCCAUGCACCCUCAGCAAGAAGCCACUUCUCAUCCUCCACUUCAUCCUGCGAAUGAAGCUUCAUCCCAUCCUGUGCUUCACCAACUCUAGAGAGACCGCCCACAGGCUUUAUCUGUUGGUGCAGCUCUUCGGUGGAGUUCAGGCAGCUGAGUUCUCCUCCCGGCUCUCCCCAAAUGAGAGGAAGAGGACGCUGAAGGAAUUUGAUCAGGGAAAGAUCCAGCUCCUCAUCAGCACAGAUGCAGCUGCUAGAGGAAUCGACAUCCCAGGGGUCAAGUGUGUGGUGAACUAUGACGCUCCACAGUUCAUCAGGAUGUACAUUCACAGGGUUGGAAGAACAGCAAGAGCCGGGAAAUCUGGCCUGGCCUUCACUUUCCUGCUGAGAGUGCAGGAGAAGAGGUUUCUCCAGAUGGUGCAGGAGGCUGGAAGUCCUGGACUGCAGAAGCAGAUAGUGAAGCCGGAGAGUCUGAAGAGCAUGGAGGAGCGCUACGAAGGAACUCUGCAGGAGCUGGCUGGUGUCGUCAAGAAAGAGAAGACCAGAUGACAUCAUUCAACCCAAAAUACGUUUUAUUUUUAAUAAAGAUGCAUUUAAUCUGGG